CGAGUGUGCUAUAAAAAUUGCGUAAUUUUGUAUUAGACCUUUCUUUUUUAGUGUAUAUUUUAGAUUGUGAUGUUUCCUUGCUGUAGUUGAACUUAUUUUCUAUUUGCAACCUGUUUUAUUAAUUUAUUCCUUUUCGUUUGGUUGUGAAUUGGGUUGUAUCUCAAUUAGCCUUUCUCCAAAAUUAUUUAUAAUUCACAUUAGUGAGAAACAAAUUAAUGUGGGCUUCUAAGUUUUUAUUGGGCUUUGAAUCAGUAGUCUACUAACUUAAAACGUACGUGUCUUGAGUCAAAAAGGGGAGAAUACACAUAUAUACGUAUAUCGUUAAAAUCAAGGGAUUGUGAAUCUGGAAUUUUACUGUAAGACGGUGUAUCUGACCUGCUAGCUGAGUGGCUUAUGACUGGUUAGGUUUAACCAACUGUGAUAUUGAAGUAUUUUUAGGAUUUUACAGUAUUUUAAAGUACACCUAACUUAACCAACCAUUAUUACAUGUACGAAAAUCUACCCUUCUGAGGAAAAAUAUUUGUAGUACGAGACAAGUGGAACGUUGUGCUACAAACAUUUCUGUGAAAGCGUGUUGCUAUACUUCAAGUAUUUUAUCAUUUUAAAGAUUUUUUAGGUUAGGUGCAGUGCACAUAUUGUAAAAUCAUGAGAACUGGUGUUUAAGUGCUGUUAGCUGCAUCAAAAAAACACUGUGAAAAGUGUAUAUAUUUGGUUGAGUUUGGCCGGGCACACACAGAAUGAGGUACAACAUGACUCGAUAUGACAUUCUGACUGACAGUAGUAGAUUUCCAGGUAUUUACAUAAAAUCAAGGCACACAGAAUCAAACGAGGCACAACGCCACAAAACUGUCGCAAUCAGACACGCGAUGACAACAUCAAAAGACUGCUCGAACUUCAUCGCGAGCAGACUGUCUGAUGGCUGCAGUGUUCUGCUAAUGUGCAGUUCACAGCACGAGACUCCUUUCUCUCGGUGGUCGUGACGUCGCCACCUGGCAGGCAGGAGUGGUCGGACCACACACACGACUAACUUGAAACGUUGUCUGUACGCACACUACUGUCCGGUCCGCACACGAACGCCGAUCGCCGAACUCCGCGAGUCGCACACGACUGCUUGCGCCGAGGGGUGAAGGCCAACUGGCGCGUCCUGGCAGGUGCCGUUAGGGCUCAAGUCGAUCUCCGCUCUCCAUGACAAUCGACCUACACCCGUUCGAGACACUUACCACCGACCACAAAUGCCGACCAGUGAGGCACCGAGGUGGCAUAACGACCUGUGCAAGCCACGGGAGCACCUGGGACGACGUCAAUAUAUAAAGGAAUACGUUGAUUAUAAAUCAUCUCCAAUGGAUUUCCCCGCUUCUCCAGAACAAUUAGUGUCUGUUUUCAUCAAACAAGAAAAGGAUGAUGCAGAACCAACUAGUGAAGGGGAGAGCAGUUUUAGAUCAAACAAUUUAGACGAAGAGAUUGUCGUGAAGGUGGAUCCAAGUACAUUCCAGAAUGGAGAAGUAGAAACAGAUACUGAUGAUGGUCAUGAUAGGAGGAUUACAAACAAUCUGCAAGGAUGGUGCUACCCAGCUGCAGACAGAGACCCCUUGCAGCAGGAGCGCUUCACGUGCAGGGUUUGUAAGUCGUCGUACGAGCGGAGGGAGACGCUCGACAUCCACAUGCUGACCCACCGGAAGCACCAGCGCUUCAGCUGCACCGAGUGCCGGGCCAGGUUCUCCCACAAGCGCUCCCUGGACAUCCACACGAGGAUCCACACCGGCGACAACCUGUUCCAGUGCUCCGUGUGCGACAAGAAGUUCUCCCAGCGGGGCAACCUGGAGAAGCACAUGGGGACGCACUCUGCGGAGAAGCCGUUCCAGUGCGCGCUCUGCGAGGCGAGGUUCGCGGAGAAGGGGACGCUGAGGAGGCACACGCGGACGCACACGGGCGAGAAGCCUUACGAGUGUCCGGUGUGCGGGAACAGGUUCUCGGAGCAGGGCUCCUUGAAGCGGCACAUCAGGAAGCACGUGGGAGACGCCCCCUACCCCUGCUCCCUGUGCAGCAAAGCCUUCAAGGACAGGAAGACCCAGAGGCUGCACAUGAGGAGGCACCUGGGGGACACGCCCUUCGACUGCACGGUGUGCGACAAGAAGUUCACGGAGAAGAGGUUCCUGGACAUCCACGCGACCUCGCACACGGGCGAGAGGCCGUUCCGCUGCGAGCUGUGCGAGAAGAGCUUCGCCCAGCGCUGCAAGCUGCUGCGCCACGCGAAGACGCACACUGGCGUGAAGCCGUUCCAGUGCGCGCUGUGCCCCGCCAGGUUCGCGGAGCGCCAGCACGUCAAGGUCCACGUGCGGACGCACACGGGCGAGAAGCCGUUCCGCUGCGAGCUGUGCGGCCUGCGGUACGCCUGCCGGCGGAACCUCGACAUGCACAUGCGCCUGCACACGGGGGACAAGCCCUUCGAGUGCGCGCUCUGCCGGGCCAGGUUCCCGGAGAAGACGUACCUCAGGACCCACAUGCAGGUGCACACGGGCGAGAAGCCGUACCCGUGCCGCGCGUGCGGCAAGAGCUUCUCGCAGCCGGGGAACCUCCGGAGACACGUUCGGGCGCACUCCGCGGGCGAGACCUCGCAGCAGGAGGUGUCGUGAGCAGACCUCGUGCCUCGUGCCGGGGCAGUACGCCGUGUCCAGUCCUGGGGAUGUGCACUGUGAUUUCAACGUGUUCAGCAACCUUGGAGGUUGUAUUGUUCACCUGGGGUUUAUGUGCACAUGUUAGUAAUUCUGGAAGGAUAACAGUUGGCAGUGCAUUAAAGUAUUCCAUUGUUAUGGUUACUGUGCAGUAAACAGUAGUGGUAAGUGUUUAGUGUUGAGAUUUCAAUAAUGGCAUCUUAUGGUUUUUCUUAUAUAGUAUACAUUUUUUUUUUUUUUCACGCCACCCAAUUGCUAGUAAUCUAUCUGGGUAUACUUUGAAAUCAAGUUAAUUCAGUUAUACUGUAGUAAUAAUCAAAAUUCUACUUAUUCAAACAUAAGCUAUAGCUGAAGCUAUUUUACCUCUUUCUAACCAUCCAGUCUUUCUCUUUGCAUUAUGUUUUUUUUUAGCCAUUUUUGGCCAACAUAUGAUCCAUUUUCUUUGUAUGUCGAUCCACAUCAAUUUUAGUAGUAUUGUAUGUUUUGUGAUACAUUUGACCCAUAUGUAAUGUGAUUUUACAUCCAAAAAUGCUGCAUAUUUUUUAUGCAUAGUGCAUUAAUUUGAUUAAAGAAAAUGUGAAUGUGUGUUUUGUAAUUCAAAGAUAUUUACAUAUGCAGAUAUUUUCUACAGCAUAUGGUUGGUUUUAUACUUUAGCAUUAGGCCUUUUCUACAAUGACAAGGAAGCUGUUACGAAUCAUGGUGUAUGGAUCACGUAAAAGGUAUCUACAAUUGCACGCAUAUGGAUGCAAAUAUUUAUAUUACACAUGAAACAAAGCUAGGAAUCUCCCAACUCUUCUGUUUUUGUUAAUUGUUUAGUUCCUGCAUUCAACUUUUUUUUUUUUACAUUAUAAAUACCUUCAUAUAAUAUUUUUUUACUGCAAGAAUAGCUGUACUCUACUAGUGUUCUAUAAUGAUGAUGUGGUGUGAAUUUAUUUAUAGUUGGAACUAAAUAAUUUCCUGACCUUUUUAUUUUAUUUUCUCUUUGGUUAUUGAAAUAUGGCUACCCAUUUUUGAUAUAUUAAAACGGUUAUUGUGAUGAGAAAAAUAUAACUUUAUUCAAUAUAAGAAGUUUUUCUGCCAAAUAAGUCUUAAUUAUUUUACAAUUAAUCUUUACAUAUAAUGUAAUUGAACUCUUCUUAAUUAGUCUAAAUUUUCAAGUUCCUUGUGAAAAUUCUUAACAUAGUUUCUGUAGAACUCAACAGGGUUGCGUUCUUGUACCUACCUCAAAAAUUUUUGUAAUAUGUCCGUGUUUCAUUUACAAAUCGGUUGAAAUUUUUUUAUUGCAAAAACUUUUCUUUGUUUUUUAAUGUUGCACAUUCAUUUAUCUUAAAUUGCACUAAUAUGUUAGCUAACGAACUUUGAUGAUAUCAACAUACGCUGGCAACUUUGUUAAUGUUGUGUUGGUCACUAACAAUCUCAUAUUGGUUGCCAUUUGUUACAUCUCCAUGCUCUAUGAAAUCAGUAGACUGAUGGCGAAACGUAAAUGUCUUGCGCUUUGUGAUUCUUUUCUGUGUAAUUUCAUGUUUUUGGUCAUUCGGGAACGGGUAUUAGCAGUGUCAUCUAAAGUGAGCUGUUGUCAGCCAUUGGGCAUCAAAUCAGUGUAUGCAUGUUGUGUACUUUAUAUGUGUGUGUAUACACUGCUUGGGAUAUAGAAAAUGUGGACAGCCUACACACAUUAUAAUGGAAUGUUUAAGAGGCUCAGCAGAGCUUUAGAACAUCUUGCAUACAUGAAAAAAGUAACUAUUUUUACUUUUUGUUGACUUAAUAAGUCAUGGAAAUGCUAGUGAUACAGAUUGUGUUUAACUUGAGCUAUAUGAGUUAACAUAUUUGGCUUAUGUAAGAUUCCAUUUCAGCAUUUCCUUUCACUGCAAGACAUAAAUUCUGAUUGUGAUUGACAGUUCAAUUGGUGCUAAACAAAACCAGCCACCCCAAGGCAAACAGUUAGUAUUGAACAGCUUUUCUUAGGUCUCUGUGAACCUAAUUAGGUGUAAACCAGAUAGAGAACAUGUUCAUUUGCAACACCACUCACACCGUCAAGCUAUGUAUAACAGAGGUAAUUUACAGACAGUUUAAGAGCAGAUUGAAACUUCUUGUAAGUUGUUACAAACUUCUGGUUGAAAAGGAAUCUAAGCACCAAUUACGUUGUUCUAGGUAUCAUAUGGGUGUAUCAGAGGUGGGGCUUUAAUAAUGCAUAUUAAGCAGUUUUGUUUUAGUACAUGUAUACUUACUGCAGUGAAUCAAGUAAAUUGGUAAAAUUAUGUGGUUUUUAUGUUCAGUCAAGAAUCUCUACUGGUAUAAUCUUCACUCUUAGCUUCCAUUCACUUUUGUUCUAAAUAAAUAUGGUCCAGAAUUACAAGUUAAAUGUUAAUUGAAAUAAAAUGUAACUUUGGUAUGAGAGUUAAAACUGCCAUUUUGUUAUAUUGGCAUUAAGAAUUAUUUUAUUCAUGUGUGUUGUACUCUGUGCUUUUUUUCUAUAGAAGUACAUAAAUGGUAUUUGUAAAAAUAAAGUAUUCUCUUCUAAUCUACUUAAA